AUGCUUGAAGAAGCAGCCAGCGUGCUGGGGGCGCUGCAAUAUGGCUGCUGCGUGAAGCGCUUCGGCGUGGCUGUGGCACGCAGCACCAGCGGCGGCACCGCAAACGGAACUGCGCCUUCUGCGCUGCCGCGCUCUCCUUUGGAUGUGCAAUCAAGAUAUAUCCGCCAGGGGAGCGAGACCUGGCGUCGCGCGCAUGCGGGGCGCGUCACGACCGGCGGGCUGCUUGGGGCGCUGGGCUGGCGGCAUGAGAAGGCAGCUGCCCGAAUUAACCUUCAGCGCAACAUG